GGCAAGGCGGGGCGAUCGGUCGGUGCCCCUUUGACAAGGAAAUUUCUCCGUCGCAGAGGGAGCACGGGGGAGGCGGAUAGAGAUGGGGGAGGCAUCGCCGGAGUCCAGCGGCGCGGCGGCCGGAGGGCCGUCUAUCCCGGGGCCGCUGAGGAAGGGGAAGUCGUGCAAGGGCUGCCUGUACUACUCGUCGGUGCUCAAAUCCCGGGGAUACAACCCCAUCUGCGUGGGGAUCCCUCGCUCCAUCCCCCAAGUCCCGGGCUUCGUGGUGGAAGAGCCUAGGGAGGAGGUCGCGGCGCAGGGGCAUGAUCUGAGACAGUUCAAAUACGCCUGCGCCGGUUACUCCAUGUUCGUCGACGACAGAGACGCCAAAACCGGCGAGAAUGGCGCCAAGACGCUGUUGCCGUAUUGCCAGGGCCUCGAGCUAUUGGUGGACAGCAGAAUGGUUGAGAGAAAAUCACCCGCUGUAGAGCAUGCUUCAACACGUAAUCCGAAACCGAAGGAAGCUGCUGCUGCUGCUGCCGCCGCCACCCAGCCUCAGGAGCAAGGACAGCGACCACAGCUGGCGAGACAGGAAUUCAUGGCGAGGUUCAGGAGGAGCGCCGGGCUGGUCGCGUCCGGAGUCGCCAAGAACCUCAACAAAACUGGCUCCUACAUCAAGCAAAACGUGGAGGACAUAUUUUCGCCGGACCGACGGCCACCCAAGCAGUAGCAGCGGUGAGCGGGGUCGGCUGUCCAUUUCCGAGCCGGGAAGCUGAAGAACCCUGCCAUAGGCGUCAAGGGAAAAAUGCAUGGGGGCGAUUUCCUGGGGCGUGGUACUGAAUGAAUUCCUUUUGCUGUAUACUUGCUUGAUUUCUGCCAUUUAUGGAAACAUCGGGGUCCGAUUAUGUAAAUGAGAAACGGGAUGGGGCGUUUCUUCUCCGUUGGAGGAGAAACGUGAUCCGGUCGUUGGGUGGUUGCUGAAUAAUACUAAUAUGUGUCCAAGGUGUUUGUUUCAGCUCAAAAGGUCCUUUUUUGAGUGGAA